GGUGCGGGUGGAUCCAGCAGCUGCUUUGUGCUCAGAAAUCAGGCACCAGGACGGAGCAGGGAGGAUGCAGAGGCACCGGGAGGGGGCUGAGAACGAAGGGCAACCUUUUGCUUGGCACAAAGCAGCCUCCUCGCCCCAUCCUCUCCGCUGCGUCGGCCUCCAGGGUCUCUCGUUCUGGGCCGAUGCGAUCGGGGUCCUGAGACGGCUGGCUCCGGGGCUGAGGAUCCCUCUGCGGCACCGAUCAACGAGGGGCCGGGCUGCAGAUCGAUCUGCCCGCGGUGCAGGGAGCUGCACGUGUCCAGGUGGGGCCACGGCUCGUGCGGCCGCUGCAGCCACGUCGCGGGCGGGCGGCAUGGAGGUGUUCAGGCCGGAGAUGCUGACGUUCAGCCUCUGGGACUACGGGGUCUUCGGGCUGAUGCUGCUGGUCUCCACGGCCAUCGGGCUCUUCUACGCCCUUGCCAAGGGCGGCCAGAAGACCUCGGAAGACUUCUUCAUGGGGGGCCGGCAGAUGCCGGCCGUGCCCGUGGGGCUCUCGCUGUCGGCCAGCUUCAUGUCGGCCGUCCAGGUGCUGGGCGUGCCAGCCGAAGCCUACCGCUACGGCCUCAAGUUCCUCUGGAUGUGCCUGGGGCAGGCGCUCAGCACCCUGCUGACGGCCUUCGUCUUCCUGCCCGUCUUCUACCGCCUGGGGCUGACCAGCACCUACGAGUACCUGGAGCUGCGCUUCAGCAAGGAGGUUCGCCUGUGCGGCACCGUCCAGUACAUCGCGGCCACGGUGCUGUACACGGGCAUCGUCAUCUACGCCCCGGCCCUGAUCCUCAACCAAGUGACAGGGCUGGACAUCUGGGCAUCGCUGCUGUCCACGGGAGCCGUCUGCACCUUCUACACCACCAUCGGCGGGAUGAAGGCGGUGGUCUGGACGGACGUCUUCCAGAUGUUCGUGAUGCUCUCCGGGUUCAUCGCCAUCGCCAUCCAGGGCACGUUGAUGGUGGGAAGCCCCGGAGGGGUCCUGGGCGCCGCGUACAACCACUCCCGAGUGAACUUUGCUGACUUCGACCCCGACCCCCGGAGCCGCUACACCUUCUGGACUUUCCUCUUCGGGGGCACGCUGGUCUGGCUGUCCAUGUACAGUGUGAACCAGGCGCAGGUCCAGCGCUACGUGGCCUGCCGGACGGAGCGCGAAGCCAAGCUCGCUCUGCUGGUGAAUCAAGUGGGCCUCUGCUGCAUCGUCUCCAGCGCCGUGACCUGCGGCAUUGUGAUGUUUGCGCUCUACAAGGACUGCGACCCGCUCCUGGCCGGAUACAUCUCUGCCCCCGACCAGUACAUGCCCUACCUGGUCCUGGACAUCUUUGAGAGGUACCCAGGUGUGCCCGGCCUCUUCCUGGCGUGUGCGUACAGCGGGACCCUCAGCACGGCAUCCACCAGCAUCAACGCCAUGGCGGCCGUCACCGUGGAAGACCUCAUCAAGCCCCGGAUGCCGGCCCUGUCCCCCCGGACCCUCAUCCUCAUCUCCAAGGGACUCUCGCUGAUCUACGGCACCGCGUGCAUCACGGUGGCAGCCUUGUCCUCGCUGCUGGGGGGCGGCGUGCUCCAGGCCUCCUUUACCGUCAUGGGGGUGAUCAGCGGCCCCUUGCUGGGCGCCUUCGUGCUGGGGAUGUUCAUCCCAGCUUGCACCACGGCCGUGAGUCCCGCGCCUGCUUGGAGGGGAGGGCUCCCCGGGACCCGGGCAAGUCCGAGGGUGACCGCCGGGCCAGGAGGAAGGUCCGUGAGCUGGGACGAUGGGGAGGGGGUCUUGCAGGGUGGGAACAAGCAUGCCAACCAUCCUGCCCCCAGGGAGCGUUCACGGGGCUGGGGGCCGGCUUCGUCCUGUCCUUCUGGGUGGCCGUGGGGGGCACCCUGUACCCCCCCAGCGCCGCCACCAUGGGGGUGCUGCCCACGUACGGCACCCUCUGCCCGCUCUACAACACCAGCCACGGCCCCAACGGCACCGUCGUCCUGGGACCGCUGCCCCCCCGCAACGUCUCGGUGCCCGCGGACAGGUGAGCGCCGGGGCCGGAUCAGCCGUGGGCCGUGGCGCUUCCUUGCACGACCGUCAUUGCCUCUCCGCCACGCCGCGCUUGCUUUGCAGGCCAGCCGCCAGCGACAACUUCUACGCCAUGUCCUACCUGUACUACGGCGCCCUGGGCACGCUGUCCACGGUGGGCGUGGGCGUGCUCGCCAGCUACCUGACAGGUCCCGCGACGCAGCGCCGCGUGCGGCCCGGCGUGCUGUGGUGGGACAUCGUGAAGCAGACGUCCUUGGCGGCCCCUGCCAGCGGGAAGAGCCCUUUUGGUCACGGCCCAGACACGGUUCCCUCGUCCGCCUGCCCGGUCCCGGGGCCCGGGCGCAGCGCGGAGCCCCGCCAGGCGCUGCUGAUCAGCCAGGAGGAGGUGGACACCGGGGAGCCCCUCUGGGCCUGCAGCUCCGUGGACCACCUGCUCCGGGAGACCAACGUGUAGGGCUGGGGCUUCCUGUGGGGCUGGGCUGCGCCACGCGGGUCUGACCAGCCACGGCUGCACCGGGGACAGCGGAAGAGGGACGCAGCGCGAGCGUGCACGCACGCCUAUGCACGUACGCAUGCAUUUAUAGAGACCUGGAUGGAGCUGGCUGCAUCUGGGUGCCCGCACACCCCACGGCAGAGGAUCGCAGGCAGGCUGGGGUACGAGCUCCCCCACGACGGCUCUCCCCUCCAGGGCCAGCCCGGCAGAGGCGGGGGCCAGCAGCACCUUCCCUCCCAGGAGCCCAAUAAGGAGCUCCCUGCAGUGCCUCGAGUGCCGUGCCUGCGUGCCCAGCGCCCCGGGCCGAGCUCGGGACCCCCGACCUCCCCCUCCCCGCCCCAGGCAUCGCCACGCUGCACGUCCGCGUGGGUGCACGCACGCGAUGGAGAGAGAGGAGACAGGAGCAAAACCCCUGCCAGUGCCUCUUGCCCUCCGCCACUGCCCCAUGCAGGGGCCAUUCUGCGAUGAGCAAGUUUGUUAUUACCCUGAAAUAAAAUAGUUUUUUGAUAAGCGUACUGUUAGGUUAACAAUAAUUUAGAUUAUUGAGAAGAAUUAGAUUGGCAGCUGAAUACAAGGCUCGACCUGUGGCCUAGCAAUGCUGCUGACCACAAGGCAGAACGAUGGCUAAGCCAACCGUUUAUGUUAAAUAGUUAUUUUAACUGUGUCGCCCAUUUUCUGAGAGAAAAGACAACGAACGUAAAUCCGCGUAGGUCUUUGCACUGAGGACCAGCUACAGCAUGCAACGUGAUGAGAUAAGAGGGGAGUAGAGACUGGCACCGCUGGAAACAGAGAAGAGACUGGAAUGUAAAAGAUAACGUGUAACCGCGACUGAAUUUCUGCCUUUGGAAAAGUACCGGCUAUCAUAGAUAAAUAUGAUGUUACUAUGACGAUUUGUGUAGCACCAUAUGCGAAGAUGAUGACCAUCAGUAUUGCAUAUUUAAUGACCUUGUCGUUUUCUUUGUUAGAAAAGGUAUAAAAGACGUUGGGGCCGUUUUGCCUCUCUGCUGGUUUAUGGUCUUUGCUCGAGCAAAUAAACUGCAGUUAACCCUU